AUGGUUAAAGAAAAGAAAAUGUCAGUAAGGAAAGCUUCCAAAAUUUUUCGGGUGCCCGAUACAACAUUAAGGGACAGGGUUUUGCUUAAAGUUGACCAAGAAACAGCUGUUUUUGGUAAAACUCCAGUUCUAGACACAUUUGAAGAGGCCAAUCUAGUCAACCAUUUUAAAUCAAUGGCAGCUUUUGGUUAUGGGUAUACAAGACAGGAAUGCAUAAAUAUUGCAACAGAUUACGCAAUUUUUGUGGGUAAGAGAACUCCUGACAAGCCCUUUUCUAUGAAGUGGAUGAGAGGUUUUUUAAAGCGAUGGCCUGAAUUGAAAGUUUUGAAGCCACGAAGGUUAGAGCAUGUUAGAGCCAAAAUGGCUUCCAGUGAAACAGUGUCCAGCUAUUUUGAAAAUCUCGGUAACACUCUCUCCAAACAUGAUCUGUAUGGAAAGCCUCAUCUCAUCUUUAAUGUUGAUGAAAAGGGCAUUUCUGUUGACCACAAACCACCAGCCGUGGUCGGAGAUUCAGCUUACUGUCCGCAGUCAGUCACAUCGGGUCGUGGAAAGACUAUCACCAUUCUUGGAGGAGGCAGUGCAAGUGGUGUCUCUGUACCACUUUUUUUUGUCUUUCCCGGCAAACGGAUGAUGCCAGAGCUGUUGAGUGGAGCAUCCCCUGGGGCUAGUGGCACAGUGAGCGAGACUGGGUGGUCAAAUGGACAAAUCUUCCGACACUAUCUGGAACACCACUUCCUCAAGUUUGUUCCACGAGAUGAAGGACAGAUAUUGCUCCUUUUAGAUGGACACAAAUCCCAUGUGUCAGUGGAUCUUGUAGAGUGGGCAAGUCAGAAGGGGAUAAUUAUCUUUAUACUUCCAGCGCAUACAAGCCAUGUCUUACAGCCAAUGGAUGUUGCCUGCUACGGCCCAUUUCAAAACAUUUACAAUUGUUUGUGUCACAAGCUGAUAAGGGAAACAGCAGCAACAAUUACCAGGUAUAACAUUUGUGAAGUUGCAUGCAAGGCAUAUAUGAAGGCGCUGUCUCCCAAAAACAUCCAGUCUGGAUUUCGUCGUACUGGAAUUUAUCCCCUCUGCAAAGACGCAGUUCCUUCGAGGUAUUUGGUACCAGCAGAAGUCUUCAAGGGCCUGGCUGCUGAAAUUAAGAAAUAA